GCAGCAAUCAACUAACAAGGCGUUUGUUUACUGUAAAUAUCGCCUCAUUGAUUGGUUGCUACUCCGCUGCUUGACGCUUGCUGCGUCCAGUGUGAAUAUGCGUUUCGAUCAAUUUCGCUCGAGUUCGUGCGAAUUCGUGCCUUGUCAGUCUUACAUCAUGGCCAUCAUUGUUUAUAAUUUAUUUAGUAUGUCGGACGUGGCACCUAUAAUGUGAUCGGCGUUUUAACUUUCAAUGACGUCGGUGACUGAUGGCACUAUCAAAUUUGAGAAAAAUCUGAAACUCGUAAAAUGACGUGAUUUAAUGUAAUUACUUGUAAAUAUAAUAUAAAAUAUGGAUUUAAUGGCAAAAAUUUUACUCUGUUGUAGAUACGCAAAUCCGGCAUUCAACGUAUUAAUUAAUUCUCAUGACGCGAUUUGCAGUGUAUUGUUUGAUGCGUGCAACGUUCCGACGAAAAUGGCAGUUACUAUUGAUACUGUGAUAUAUCUGUGUUUCGUGGCGAUUCUUUGGGGAGUAACCAAUCCAUUUAUAAAAAAAGGUGCACAAGGUUUGGAGAAUAUCAAUGCCAAGUCAGUUUAUGGACAAUUUUUUAAGGAGCAGUUAUUUCUCAUCACUAAUCUGAAGUACAUUGUGCCGUUUCUCCUUAAUCAAUGCGGUUCGGUACUGUACUUCCUGACUCUGCAGAGUAGCGACCUAUCCCUAGCUGUACCAGUUUCAAAUUCUCUUACCUUUGUAUUUACUGCGGUCACAGGCUGGUUCCUGGGCGAGGAAAAAGUACAUAGAAAUACAUAUCUGGGAAUGAUACUUGUGCUGUGUGGAACCAUGUUAUGUUGUUGGGACAAACUGAAUAAAACCGUGGAAUUAUGACUUGCA